AACAUUCGGGGGCAUGCACUGGGCAUAACCCUGGCUUGUGUACCCCAGUGCUAAAUCAGCAGGUGGGUUUUGAUAUCUCUGGAUCUUUAGCAAUUUUAAAACUUUUUAUAGUUGUAAUGGAUGAGAAAAUCCCUGCAAUCUGAUUGGUUGAGAGCAAUGCAAAAAUUUUACUGGGCUGCAUGAACGAUAUCGCGAUAAUCAAAACGCAACGAUAUCCACUGUAAACAAGCAAUCGUCCGAAAAGGUCAUUGUGAUGUCAUCGCGCAUGUACUGUUACCGUCGCUUGUUUACGUCAAAAUUUGAAUUUCGAUCAAAGCAGAAUGAAUCAAAGGAUGCAAAAUGAUCUAUUCCCAUUCAGCCAUUGGACUGAACCGGUACCAAGACCGGAACUGUAACACAGUAAGGAUGGUCAAUAUGAAGCGAGCUUCAUUGAAUUCCUCCAAGAGCUCUGUACUCUGUUCUGAUCAUUUUGAAGAUGCUUGCUUUGACCUGGGCAGACGAUACGUCUUAAACAGGAUGCUGUCCCAACCAUAUUUGAUUUCCCGCCUCGUCUUCAGAAGAAUUCACCCAAACCAAGGUAUUUCCCAAAAGACUUUUCGAUUCAGCAAACAACCUCCCAGAUACUGCAAAGACACCAGUGCCAAAGUCUUCAGCACCUUAAUUUCUCGAAGACCACUCCUACUGAAUACCAGAAAGUCCAAGAGGGGUAAAGUGGAAGUCAACAACAAUAAUGGACUGUAUUAAAACUUGGAGAAGAGGCUGAAAACCACACAGAAGUCCUACCUUAUACAUUACUUGCUUUUAAGUUUGGACAAACAUUGAUUUGCACAACUUUACAACAAAAAAUUUACGCUGUGUGGAUUCUGAUUAUUUAAAAUAGCUCAAUGAAAACGUUUAUCACUGGGCAUGUAACAAAAAUGAAUUCAUUGAAUUUGAAGAUGUCUUACAGUAUAUUCAUUCUGAUUUGAAUGUCAGAAGAGAAAAAAGUUUGUGAAAAGUAGGAAUGACGGCAAGCUGACAGAAGAAUAGAAUACAUGUAGGAUAGAACAAGGCCACAGUUAUAAAUGAGCUGUUGGAUAGAGACAAAAAGAUGAAUUAAGAAUGGGGGUGAUAGAGAAAUAGAGACAGGAAUUGGGGAGCCUGUGAUGAAUGCCUGAGAAAGUAAAAAUUACCAUAUUUUAUUUUUUUAAGGAUUUGAACAGUCAGGAAGAAUGUGGUCUUUUUUCUGUUGUUAUUUCUCAAAAUACUGGUAUGUUUUGUGUACAGAAAGGGGUAUAAUCCUUUGCAAUAAUCACUCUCACAGAAAAUAUUAACUAAUCAAAAGAAAAGUCAAAUAUUUCACUGAUUUACAAUUGUUCGGUCACUCUCAUAUCUAAAGUUACCCCCCCCCCCAUCAUUUCAAGGUAUUGGAGAGAGAGGUUGGGCAGGACAUGGCUGUCAGCAGAAAAAAAAUGCAGGGUGGGGCAAAACAAUUUUGGGAUAUGUGCGAGGGAGCGAAUGCGACAGAGCAGAAUUUUGUGGGGGGGAUAUAUGCGAGAGAGCAAAAUGACAGAAGGAAAAUGCAGGGGCCAAGAGAUUUGAGGAAUAUGUAAGAGGGAGCGAAGUGACCAAGCAGAAGAAAUGUAGAGGACAACAAAUUGUUGGGUAUGUGAGGGAGCAAAGCAACCAAUUAAAAAAGGAGGUUAGUCAAAACGUUCUUGAAUAUGAGUAAGGAAGCAACUUGUUCACUUCCGAGCAGUAGGACUCGUUUUAAAAUAGCUUAGGAAAUAUGUGUUUCCUAAGCAUGGUAAACACAUAUUGUAGGCCUAUAGUACAAUUUAGGUGCUCUAAGAGUUAAAUUCUGAAUGAGCUGCAUUUGCUGGUAAAUCAUGCGCAGAGGAUCUUUGUCUUUUAUCCAUUUCUACACUUUUCUUUAGAUUUCAGUUUUAAGGCGGGAAGGAUCCCACCCUCCUGUGGAUGCUAAUAUUUUGACUGACCCUGGGUAAAUAGAAUUACAAAAACAAAAAUGAUGUUUUAAUAUGAGAUUUUUUAAUGCCCCUUGAAAGUCCACCAUCUUUCUCACUCUCUCCAUCUUUCUUUUUAUUCAUUUUAACUUUCCAAUUCUUUCUCUCUUGAUAUCUAUAAAGUUCAGGUUCACCCUUUUAACUUGCACUAUUCCAAGCCCCCAACCAAUUGGCAUCCACAGGAAUGGGGGAGUGGGGCUUCCCCCUAGAAAAUAAAGUCAAACAAAAGAAAAAUGUGGAAAAUAGAAAUGGAUAAAGACAAAUAAUCCUCUACGCAUGUCUUACCUACCAAUACAGUUCAUUCACAAUUUAAUUCUUGCAACACCUAAAUUCUACUAUGAGUUUACCAUACUUAGAAAAUGCAUAUUUCCUAUGCCAUUUUUAAACAAGUCCCUAUCGCUGGGAGGGAACGUGUUGCUCACCAGCACGAAUUCGAAAAUAUUUUGAUUGACCUGGGGCCCGUUUCAUAAAACAUUUGCCGCAGCGGCAACUCCCAUUUUCUGCGGCAAAUCUCAAAACAGCGGCAAAUGACAAUUUCUGCGGCAAUAUUUGAUGCAGCUAUUUGAGCUGCGUCAAAUAUUUGCCGCAGAUACUUUCAGGGGCAAAUGACAAUUUCUGCGACAAUAUUUGAUCUAUUUGAGUUGCGUCAAAUAUUGCAGCAGAAACGG